AUGUGUGGGGGUACAGCAAAAGCUACAAAUGUCACAGGGGGAAAAAUAGAAAGACCAAGAAACAACAACGAUGCACCACUUGGAAAUAAUCUCUCUUGUACCAAAUUGGAUGGAAAGAUUAUAAAAUCUUUGAAAGACCAAAGUGUCAGCUGUAUGAGCAAAGUGACUAGACUGCUGCAAAACAGCUGGUCCUCUUCAGAGUUUGACUUGAAUGAAAUCCGCCUGAUAGUUUACCAGGACUGCGAGAGGAGAGGCAGACAGGUCUUAUUUGAUUCCAAAGCAGUCCGCAAAAUUGAUGAAGCUGUGGUUCAGAAAAUGGUGGAGGAUGUUUCUGUCAAGACUUCUGCGAAGAACUGCCAAGCAAGCAAUGGGAACAGCAAUAUUUCUUCCCAGGGUCCUUCAAUAAGUUGUAUGCAAAAUAUAAAAGAACAGAUACCGAGGUAUCAGUACACCAGGCCAGCCUCUGAUGUCAACAUGCUGGGAGAAAUGAUGUUUGGCUCAGUGGCAAUGAGUUACAAAGGCUCCACCUUAAAAAUUCACUAUAUUCGCUCUCCCCCACAGCUGAUGAUAAGCAAAGUCUUCUCAGCCAGGGUAGGAAGCUUCAGUGGAAGCAACAAUAAUUUACAAGAUAGUUUUGAAUACAUCAACCAAGAUCCCAGCCUGGGAAGGCUGAGCUCAAAUCAGAAUGGUUUGGGAACCUGUCGCAGUGGAAGUAAUUUAGGUGUGUUACAGCUGUGUAGCAGCAAACUGCUGCAGGGUGUGUCUGAAGGAGGUCCCCUCCGGCUCAUCCGCAGUGCUUCUUUCUUUGCAGCACACAGCACACCUGUUGAUAUGCCUAGCAGAGGACAAAAUGAGGACAGAGACAGUGGCAUUGCUCGGUCAGCAUCUCUGAGCAGUCUUCUGGUCACUCCUUUUCCAUCUCCAAGCUCUUCAUCAUCAUCUUCUAGCAGCUACCAACGUCGUUGGCUACGGAGUCAGACAACCAGUUUAGAAAACGGAAUUAUUCCACGGUGGUCCACUGAAGAAAUGUUUAGUAUGGCUGAUGAAAGCUGCAGCUCCAAUCCUGCAAUGGUUCGGAGGAAAAAAAUUGCAAUAAGCAUAAUCUUUUCUCUGCCUGAACACGAAGAAGCACAGAGAAACUUCCAGGAUUUCUUUUUCUCUCACUUUCCUCUUUUUGAAUCUCACAUGAACAAGCUGAAAUAUGCAAUAGAAAAGGCCAUGAUCUCAUGUAGAAAAAUAGCAGAGUCCAGCCAAAGAGUGCAGGUUUAUAUCAGCCGUGUUAUGGAUGCCCUGGGAGAAUUCAGAGUUACCAUCUGGAACCUAUAUUCUGUUCCAAGGAUUGCAGAGCCUGUGUGGCUUAAUAUGAUGUCCAGCACCCUGGAAAAGAAUCAACUAUGCCAGCGGUUUCUUAAAGAAUUUACAUUUCUGAUAGAACAGAUCAACAAAAAUCAGUUCUUUGCUGCUUUGUUAACUGCGGUGCUGACAUAUCAUCUGGCUUGGGUUCCCACAGUAAUGCCGGUUGACCAUCCUCCUAUAAAGGCCUUCUCUGAGAAACGCACAUCACAGUCUGUGAACAUGCUGGCAAAAUCUCAUCCAUAUAACCCUCUUUGGGCACAGCUUGGUGAUCUGUAUGGUGCCAUAGGCUCUCCAGUUAGAUUGACUCGAACUGUUAUUGUCGGAAAACGCAAGGAGUUAGUGCAGCGCUUGCUCUAUGUUCUAACUUACUUCAUUCGAUGCUCUGAGCUGCAGGAAAAUCAGCUGACAUGGAGUGAGAAGACUGAGGAAGGAGAGCAAGUGCUAAAUGGAAGCAAGAUCACAACUGCACUAGAAAAGGGGGAGGUAGAGGAGUCUGAUUAUGUGGUUGUCACUGUUAAAAAUGAACCUGCUCUUGUGCCUCCAAUCCUACCUCCAAAGAACAAUGCAAGUAAGAACAAUAGUAUUGCGGAGUGCAUACAUGACCAAGACUGUACUCGUGCUGUCCCAGCCUCUUCAAAAGAAAAGAGAGAAGUAAUGGGAAAGACAAGCCAUAACUCAUCUGUUGACUGUCUAACUAGCAGUUUUUGCAAAGGAGCAGCUGAUGGUAGGAGAAUAACUGCCACUGAUACAGGAAUUGCAUCUUAUCACUAUGAAGAACAAUCCAAUUUGGAGGAUUUAAAGAACAACAAGAACCAGAAUGAGAGAAAAGUGGAAAAGCAGUUGUCUAGUAGGUCAUCUGCCUUACCAUGUCCUGAAAGGUCUGGCCACAGGAGUUCACACUUAGAGAAGGUCACCUUUCAGAUUGGAAGCUCUGCAUCACCAGAGUCAGACUUAGAAACUCAUAGAAGAGAAAUGGAAGAAAAUCUGAAGGCAUUCAGAAAGAACCCAGAGGUGAUACAUUGUGCUUCAAGUUCCACAAAUCUGACUGUGGAUGCUUCCCAGAAUGAAAAAGCAGGUUGUGAAGCUGCCUUUAUACCUGUCAGUAAACAUAAUGUUUGUCACACAGAAAGCCGGCCCUGCAGGGGGAAGGAGUGUGUACUUAACAGGCCAAUGAAAAGUGAAGGAACUGAAGAGAAUUUAGCAAACACAGUAUCUAGUGAACCGCUUUUGCUCACAGAUAAUACGGAAACUGUAACAUUGACAAGUCUGAAAGAAACUAGAACUUUAUGCUCUGGCAAUCUGGAGAACUAUUCCCCUGUCUGUGUAGAAGUAGGUUCUGCUGUCAAACAGGAUUCCCCUAAAAUAGGUGCUAAAGAUAUCCCCUAUGGGGAUGCUGGAAGGAAAAUCUCCUUCAGAGUUGAAGGGGACAUUCCAAGAAAUGAGAGUUCAGACAGUGCUCUUGGAGCUAGUGAUGAAGAAGGUGAUUGUUGUAUCCCUGAUGAAAUGCGUCGUGAUAUUGUCAGCAAAAGACUUGAGGAAUUUGCAGAAGUGGAACUUCCUUUACCAAGGUCAAACACCAUCAGCAGUCAAUGUGUGAAAAAUUUUGGAAGAUCACUUCUAGGUGGUUAUUGUCAUACAUAUAUACCUGAUCUAGUGCUGCAUGGGAUACAUAAUGAUGAAAAACUCAAGCAGUGUCUACUAGGAGACCUACUUCAUGCAAUGCAUCAUCCAGUGCUAGAUGAGCCCAUAGCAGAAGCUGUCUGCAUUAUUGCAGACACAGAUAAAUGGAACGUACAAGUAGCUACAAGCCAGAGAAAGAUGAUGGAUAAUAUGAAGUUAGGCAAGGAUGUUUUGGUUUCGAGUCAAGUAUCCAGUUUAUUGCAGUCUAUUUUACAGCUUUACAAACUCAACGUCCCAGCUGAUUUUUGCAUAAUGCAUCUUGAGGACAGACUACAAGAGAUGUAUCUCAAAAGCAAAAUGCUUUCAGAAUAUCUUCGAGGACAUACAAGAGUGCAUGUGAAAGAGCUAGGAAUAGUACUGGGGAUUGAAUCCAAUGACUUGCCUUUGUUGGCUGCUAUAGCGAGUACUCAUUCCCCAUAUGUUGCUCAAAUACUCUUAUAAAUUGAAAUCUCAGGAUAGUCAUUCCCUUAAAGUCAAAUAAAGAAAAUGGGAAUGUUGAAUGAAGACCAGAGGUGCCAAACACUGGUAAAGGGGAGACUGAGGAAAGCAGGUGAUAACUGUACCUUCCACCACCUUCCAAUUCUGAUUUCAACUGAAUGUUUUAUUGGAGGACUUCAGUUUACAUAAUGUAAAAGACAUUCAGGUUUUUCUUACAAUCUCACUUCUGGCUUAAAUCAAGAAAAUGACAGCAUUCUUGCAUUUUAUUUUUAUUUAAAGGACAAAAAUUAACACUAUGUGGCAGACCAGGAGCUGCCAUCCAAAACGCUGCUCAAAACCAUGAAGUAACAGUUAAAAGAACAAGCGGGUUAGAAUGAAUUUUGUAAUGCUAUGCUUGUGUAUGGUGUAUGCUGGUUGCUUUUUGUUUUGGGGUUGUUGGGUUUUUUUUUUUUUUUUGGAGGAAGAUAAUCUGUAAACUAUGUAUAUAGCAUUCCUGUACACAAGUGGAUAAAGAAUUUCCAGCAGAGCAUAUGCAUGAUUUUGUAUAGCCGUGGGCUCAAAACAAGAAACCUGGUUUCAGCAGCCAAAUGUUGUGUGAUGGAAGUGUAUGUGAUGUUUAUGUGACUUUUUCUUUUAAGGACCAGAGAUUAUGAAAGCUAUAGCUGCUCCUGUUUUAAUGAGGAGGUGUUCAAAUGAGCCCAGGCUGCAAGUGGACUUCUGAGGGAUUUUAUGGGAAAGCCUUAUGGAAUUUCUGCUACAAGUUUACAUUUGUUGCU